GAAAAAGUAAAACCGAUGAACUCCUCCAAGUCGCGCCGGAAAAUCGUCCCGACUUCAUUGGAAAAUGGUGAAUCAGGUGACAAACUUGACCAGCUCCUGCUUUCUUCCGCCAUAUGCAACGGUGAAGAGCUGUCGCCUUUCAUCCGUAAAGUCUUCGCCACAGGUAAGCCUGAAACUUUAAUUCACCACCUACGUCACUUCUCUAGGUCCAAAGAGGCCGAGAUCGAAGAAGUCUGUAAGGUUCACUAUCAGGAUUUUAUCAUGGCCGUCGAUGAUCUUCGUUCUCUGCUCUCCGAUGUCGAUUCUCUUAAAUCAUCUCUCUCCAAUUCGAAUUCUCAAUUGCAGUCUGUCGCCGGGCCUCUGAUAAACUCUCUGGAUUCUUUUCUGGAAGCUCGAAACAAGUGCCAAAACAUAACUCUAGCUAUCGAGUCUCUUCGGACUUGCGUUCGAUUAAUGGAAGUCUGCUCUCGAGUGAAUUUCCAUAUGUCGAAGAACAAUUACUACAUGGCGUUGAAGUGUAUGGACUCAAUCGAGAGAGAAUUUACGGAUAAGACACCGUCGUCUACGCUACGGAGAAUGCUCGAAAAGAAGAUCCCGGCGAUCCGAACUCACAUUGAAAGGAGAAUCAGUAAUGAGUUUGGAGACUGGCUUGUUGAGAUCCGUACAGUUAGCAGAAACUUAGGGCAGCUUGCCAUUGGACAAGCCUCGGCUGCUAGGCAGAGAGAUGAAGAGCUAAGGAUCAGGCAACGACAAGCUGAAGAACAGAGUCGGCUUAGCUUGAGAGACACUGUGUACGUUCUUGAAGAAGACGACGACGACGGUUACGCGAACGGAAAUUAUGGUAAUGACGGUUAUGCCACCGGUGGUAAUGGUAAUGGUAUGCUAGGGUUUGAUCUGACUCCAUUGUAUAGAGCUUAUCAUAUUCAUCAGACUCUAGGGCUUGAAGAUCGAUUCAAACAGUAUUAUUUUGAGAACCGGAAGCUUCAAUUAACUUCAGAUUUUCAGGUAUCUUCCAUGACACCUUUUCUUGAAUCUCAUCAGACAUUCUUCGCCCAAAUUGCUGGUUUUUUCAUAGUUGAAGAUCGUGUUUUAAGAACUGGGGGUGGAUUGAUAUCAAAAAUGGAAGUAGAAAGCUUAUGGGAUACUGCUGUUAGUAAAAUGUGUUCAGUGUUAGAAGAUCAAUUCUCUAGGAUGCGAACUGCCAAUCAUUUGUUGCUUAUUAAGGAUUAUGUGAGUUUGCUUGGUGUUACUUUGCUUAGAUAUGGUUACUCCAUUGAUGCAUUGCUUGAUGUUCUUGACAAGCACAGGGAUAAGUAUCAUGAGUUACUGUUAUCAGAUUGUCGUACCCAAAUUGCUGAAGCAGUUGCUGCUGAUAAGUUUGAGCAAAUGUGGAUGAACAAAGAAUACGAGUAUUCGAUGAACGUGCUGUCUUUUCAGAUACAAACCUCCGAUAUUACACCGGCAUUCCCCUAUAUCGCCCCAUUUUCAUCCACCGUGCCCGAUUGCUGUCGAAUUGUGAGAUCUUUCGUUGAAGAUUCUGUUAGUUUCAUGUCUCAUGGUGGUCAGCUUGAUUUCUAUGAAGUUGUGAAGAAGUACUUAAACCGGCUUUUGACCGAAGUCCUGGAUGCCGCUCUGUUAAAGCUUAUCAAUACAUCCAUCACCGGGGUCAAUCAAGCAAUGGUUGUUGCAGCGAAUAUGGCCGUUUUUGAACGAGCCUGUGAUUUCUUAUCGCGCCACGCUGCACAGCUUUCCGGAAUUCCUUUGAGAAUGGCAGAAAGGGGCAGGCGGCAUUUCCCACUGAUGAAAGCUCGCGACGCUUCAGAACAGAUGCUAUCCAGUUUGCUUAAAAAUAAGGUAGAUGGUUUCAUGACCCUGAUCGAGAAUGUCAACUGGAUGAUCGACGAACCUCCUCAGAAUGAAAAUGAAUAUGUCAAUGAGGUCAUCAUCUUUCUCGAAACCCUUCUUUCCACCGCACAACAGAUAUUACCCAUUAAAGUCCUCAAACGAGUCCUACAAGUCGUUCUUUCCCACAUUUCGGAGACAGUCGUUAACUCUUUAGCCGGCGAAUCUGUCAAAAGAUUCGGCAUAAAUGCUAUUAUGGGUAUCGAUAUUGAUGUCAAAUUAUUGGAAUCCUUUGCUGAAAACCAAGCUUCUCUUGUAUCUGAGCCAGAAGCUAAUGAGUUGAAACUUGCACUUGUUGAAGUGAGGCAAUUGGUAAAUUUGCUUCUAAGCAAUAACCCAGAAAACUUUUUGAACCCAGUAAUCAGGGAAAGAAGUUACCAUGCUUUAGAUUACAGAAAAGUGGUGAUCAUUUCAGAGAAGUUAAAGGAACCAACUGAGAGAUUAUUUGGAACUUUUGGAUCAAGAGGAAACAAGCAAAAUCCAAAAAGGAAGUCUUUGGAGUCUCUGAUUAAGAGACUCAAGGAUGUCAACUAAAACAGGUACAUACUUUACUUUUACUUUUAAAGGGAGGAUCAAACGAGAAUGGGUUUUAAGUAAGAAAACACGAGAACAUGUCAAAUCAUGUGAUUUUAUACUGAAAUCACGUGUGAUUAUGGAACACGGUCAACGCAAGAGUGUGUGGGCAACUUGGUCUUUGACAUUGCUUAACCAUAUUGUGAUUUUACUAGUAAUUUUAGUGUAAAUUCACAUGUGAUUACGGGACACGGUCAACGAAAGGGUGUGUGGGCGACUUGGCCUGCGACAAUGCGUAACCAUGUUAUGAUUUUACAUGUAAUUUUAUGUAAAUUCACGUGUGAUUUGGUUGUUAUCGUGUUUUUUUGUUUGAUCAUUGUUAUUUGAACUCAGAUCACAAACUUCAUAUAUUUUCUUUUUCCAAAUUUGUAAAACAGUUUGUCAUUCAAAUUUGUUAUGUAUUCAUUAUUGUAUUUGGAUAUUUAGUCAAUAAAACAU